UUCAGAGUUGGUUGUUUAUCUCCAGAGGAGCGAAGGCACUGAGUGCUGGGGUGGUGGUGGCAGGGGGUGGCGGGUCCCUGGCUCACCGUGUGUCUUCUCUCUCGCAGGGCGCGGGGCGGCAGCGCCCGCACAGAAGCCCAGACCAUGCUGGCCUGCCUGCAGAGGACCCAGAACCCCCCAGCCCAGCACCUCCCCUGCCCCAACAAGGCGCUGGAGCCACGCAAGUGCGAGACGGCCCCCAUGCAUUCCCCGCGCUACCCCAGCCCCGCCGAGCUGGACGCCUACGCACAGAAGGUGGCCAACAGCCCGCUGACCAUCAAGAUCUUCCCCACCAACAUCAGGGUCCCCCAGCACAAGCACCUUAACCGGACGGUGAACGGCUACGACACCACGGGGCAGAGGUACAGCCCCUACCCCCUGCACGCCGGCGGCUACCAGGGGCUGCUGGCCAUCGUCAAAGCCUCCGGCAAAAGCGUGGUGAAGAACUCGGAGGGCAAGCGGACUAAGCUCUCGCCCGCCCAGGUGGGCGUCGCUCCCUACCCCGCCUCAAGCACUUUAGCUCAAGGUCCCUCCUGCGCCGGGCAGCUGAGCUACCAGAAGCAGCUGGAGGGUCCCGUGCCCCCCAACGUGACGGUGGCGGCCUCGGUGCUGCCGCUGGCGGGCAGGAGCCUGGCCCUGCCGCCCUCCAACCUGCCCUCCAUCCAGAGCAUCAUCUACCAGAUCAAUCAGCAGUGCCAGGCGCAGGGUGCCCAGCCCGGCUGCCCGGCCGUGGUGGCCGCUCACGCCAGCCCGGCCAAGCACGGCGCCUUCGGCCCCGGCUACGGCGGCACCGUGCUGCCCGAGUGCCGCAAGGGCGCCGAGCUGGCGCUGGGCUCCAACCCUGCUGCUGCCUCCCUGGGACCCAAGGCUGGCGUUUACCCCGAGGGCAUGGACUACCUGGUGUGGCAGCAGAAGCAGCAGCAGCAGCAGCAGCAGCAGCAGCACCUGCGAAUGUACAGCGGGGGCAGCGGCGGCGGGGGCGCCCUGAGCAAAUCCCCCGAGACGUGCGCGGGCGGCUCGCGGCCCUACGGGCUGGGCGGCGCCGCCGACAAGGUGAGCUCGUCCCCCUUGAACUGCAUGCACGGCAACUUCGCCGUGGGCCAGUACUUCGCUCCCCCCUGGAACAGCAUCCUGGUGACCCCCAACAGCGACUGUUACAACCCCGCCGAGCUGGGGGCCGGGCCCCGCGAGCUGGGGGUGCCUCCGGCCGAGGGGCUGCCCAGCAAGACCCUCUGCAAUACCUCCAUCCUCAGCAGCAGCCUCCAGUCCCUGGAGUAUCUCAUCAACGACAUCCACCCGCCCUGCAUCAAGGAGCAGAUGCUGGGCAAGGGCUACGAGACCGUGUCUGUGCCAAGGCUCUUGGACCACCAGCACGCCCACAUCCGCCUGCCCGUCUACAGAUAAGGGACCGGUGCUGCUCUUCCCAAACCAACCCAGGGCCAGGACUUUGGCGCGAGCUGACCGGGGGGACGGGGAGGGGACGCGGGGUCGGCUGCCCGGAGGGCUCCCGGGACACUGGCGCUGCACCGGGGUCCCCAGACUGGACACACCCGCUGGAAGCCGAGGCCGAGGGACCUAGCUUGUCUAUAUAGCUCAGAAAUCAUUUUUAUCUCCACGAAUGUGAACAGGGAAUUGCUACGAGUUGCUGCUAUCCAGGGAGGGGAGGCUCUGCUGCGCUGGCAGAGCCCGGUGUCGUGGCCGGCCGGGAGGCUCCAGGGUGGGUCCCAGCCCAGUGUGUGGCCGGUGCUGACCUGGCAGCUGUCCAGGAGGCUCCACAGUGGCCAGUCCUGGCACAGCAGUGGCCAGGAGGCUCCAUGGUGGCCAGUGCCAGCCCAGUGGUGGCCGGUCCCAGCCCAGUGUGGCCGCAGGGAGCUGGCGCCUGACCUGUAGCUGAAGUCCGUAACUUGCACUGCUUUGAUUAAAGCUAAUAACUGGGGACAGUCUGGAGGCUAUUUAAGAAAAAAAACACUUGAAAACUUGAACAGAUUUUUUGAUUUUUAUAAUUUUUUUUUUUUUUUUUUAGUUGACUAGGCUGUACAUCUACAUGUUGGCUGCUACAGAGUCUCCUCUCACCCCUCUUCCUCCUCAUCCUCCUCCUCUCGCCCGGCCCCACAGUGGCCACCAGCUCCUAUUCCCACUCAACCAGGAGGUUUGGGACCCCCUCAGCCCCUCUCUCCUGGGAGCCCCCCAGCUCUCACACUUCCAGGCUGUUUUCUUUCCCCCCUUACAGUCAGUUCUACCUUGGUUCUGGGUCACUGUACCAGGGUGCUCACAUACCUCCUUUUUUUCUCUUUUCUUUUUUUUUUUUUUUUUUAAAGAAACCACCCAAACAAUUCCAAAAUUAUGAUCCGUUAUUCACUCUGUGUAAUUCUGUGUUUAAUAGAUUUGUUCAUUUACAAAAGGCUCCUCACCAUGAAAUACAAAGUGUUUUGAUGUUUAAAGGUAAAAAAAGAAUAAUAUCCCGAUGAAACCCAAGGUGAUUGUGCUCGGAAAAGAGGUACUGUAUCCCUGAAAGCCUGUUCAAGCACUAAGUGCAUUUACAAAUCUCUGAGAAUGUUUUUUUUUUAUACUAAAAUUGACCAUUAUAUUCUACUGUGAGAAGUGCUGGCUGCACUAUAUUGUUUUAAAAAUGAGAAAACGAAAAGAAAAAAAAAAAAGAAAAAAAAAAUAAAAGAAAAAAAAAAAAAAAAACCAACACAAA